ACCACCACUCCAAAUCGUAACCGCAAAUCUCGAAUCCGGGAGGCGCGUAAACGGCGGUGGAACGAUGGAGAUUCUAGAGAGGGAGGGCCACAGCGGCCCCCCGUUAGUGGACCACCUACCGAUUCCCGAGACCGAGGAACUCCUGCUACACCCGCCGCCCGACUUCCACACCGCGCACGACGGCCCCUUCUCCCCGCACUCGCUGCGCGCCGCGCACUUAGCAAGCUCCCCGCCGUCGCAUCCGCACACUUCCUCUCCCGCCAGGCGCGCGCGGGGAUCGCGCGGGCAUGGUAGUGAGAUUAGCGAGGAGGAUUAUAGCGAGGAUGAGGACAACGAUGGGGACAGCCUCUUGGAUCCGUCAGGGAAGCGAGGGAAGCGACGUCGACCGUUCGAUUUAGAUUUGGACCGACCGCUGGGAUCGAGUUCCCUCCCUUUCCCCCUCUCCCUCCUCUCCUCACUUCCCUCCUCAUUUUCCUCCUCCCUCUCGUCUUUCUGUUCAGAUGCCACGUGGUUUCGAUGGCCUGUAAUCUCAGCCGUUGCGGUGAUCAUCCUCGUUAUAAUCUUCCUCACUUCCCCUGGUGCAGUAUCCCCCACCACUACCACACCCCCAUCGGACGGCUCAGAUUCAACCUCUCUCUAUCCCUCUGAUCUCGACGGCUCAGGAGCCCAUCCGUCGCGAGACCCCAGAGGUUACCGGCCGCUACCAGUCGAUUCGUUCAAAGGCGUCGACGCGUCGAGUCUAGAUCCGUCAACGUUACCGUCAGGCGAACGAGGCGCAGGGGGAGAUGACUGGGGAACCGGCGCUGGCGGAAACUGGGGUGGCGGAAAACGGGGGCAAGACCCGCAGGAGGGGCUGUAUCCGGACGCUAAGCCCGCGCGGGGAGGGGGGAGGGAUUCCGCGGGGGUUGGGCGGGAGGGGGAGGUGGUUGGGGAAGAUGGGAAGCGGAAGAGGAGCCGAUUGGAUGACGAGGUGGUGACGUGGCGAGGCGCGCCGUGGAGAUUCGACGUUGGUGAUUGGCUGAGCAGCUGCAAUGGCGAGUCCGGGGUGGUGAAGACAGUGGAGGAGGUGUACGGCAACAAGUGUGUGCAGGAGUGCAAUGGGGUGGGCACAUGCCAGCAUGACACAGGACAAUGCCGCUGCCGCAUUGGUUACACAGGAGCGGACUGUUCUCACAUGGAUGCGCACCCCUGCACCUCGCCAACCCCAUCUCCCCCUGGAGCCCAGCCACCUGCUGCUGCUGCAGCGGGGGGCCUGGCUGGCAGCGUGGCGUCGUGUGCGGGCGAGUGCGACCUGCACUCGGGGCUGUGCUUCUGCGGCGCCGGCUCCCUCUUCCCCCUCCGACCCGUGCCCGACCCUUGCGGCUUCGCCCACGACCUGGCAGCAGCGGUGGACCGCACGCGGCGGGACACGGACGCUCUGUACGCCAACAGCACGCACUACCCUGGCUGGUGCAACACGCGCCCGGAGGACGUGGGGGUGGGCAUGGGCGGCACCAUGGCCAUGGGGGGGGCAGAACCAAGGGCGCGGUGCACAUGUGACUAUGACGGCGCCGUGGGCACCUUUUGCCAGGUGCCUGUGGCGGCAUUCUGCAUCAACCAGUGCUCGGGCCAUGGGACAUGCAUUCGAGGGCACUGCCAGUGCAACGAGGGCUGGUUCAGCAUUGACUGCAGCGUGCCAUCCAAAGCUACCUUCGCCGACCCUCAGCUCCCGGCCUGGCUGCAGCCCUUCGACGAGGCAAAGAGGUUCGGCAGCGGCUCUGGCUUCCGAACAUCGACCGAGCCUGGCUCAGCUGCCGAGCCUAGAAGGGGAGGAGGGGGAACGGCAGGGGGAGCGGGGGGGGGGAAGGGGGGAGGGAAGGCUCGUGGGCAAACAGAGGAGGAAGAGGAGGCGGCACUAGAAGCAGAGAUGGGAGGGGAGGAGGGUGAAGGGGAGAGGGGGGAUGAGGACGGGGGUGGUGGAAGGACAUAUGGGGGGAAGGCGGCACGGGCAGGGGAGAGGGGGGGAGGAGGGGAUGGGGAGAUGGGGUGGAGGAGACGCAGGAGAAGGAGACUGCUGGGAACUGAUGGGGGGUUUGAUGGAGGGCUUGAUGGGGGGCUUGAGGGUGGGCGCGACCAAGGGAGGCGAGAUGUGAUUGGUGGUGAACGGACGGAUACCCCUGGUGGCACUGGCACGGGUGAUGAUGGCAAGUGGGAGGCGCCUGUUGGCGCUGGCACGCGUGACGAGGUGGAACGCAGAUGGCUUAGAGGGAGGCAGGAAGAGGAGGAGGAGGGGGAGGCAGAAGAAGCGGGUGGGGGAGAGUAUGAGGGUGAUGCGGAUGCUGGGAGGGGUGCUGCUGCUGCUGGUGGCGGUGCUAGUGGCGGUGCUAGUGGCGGUGCUAGUGGUGGUGCUGGUGGUGGUGCUGGUGGUGGUCGGGCAGAGGCAGCAGGGGUGGCAGCAGCGGGAGGGCCCAACGAGGUGGUGAAACGGCGGCCGUUGAUUUACAUCUACGAUCUGCCGCCGCAGUUCAACACCAACUUCCUGCAGGGGCGGCGGGGGAAGAAGGAGUGCGUGCCGCGGCUGUACGACCGCCUCAACCGCACGGCCUUCCUGCAGGACUACACCCAUGGCAUGGAGAUCGCGCUGCACGAGGCGCUGCUGUCCAGCAAGCACCGCACAACGAGUGCGGACGAAGCUGACUUCUUCUUUGUGCCCGUGUACGCCUCCUGCCUCUGGCUCCGACUCGCCAAGGCUGGCGAUGCCUCUGGCAUUCAGCUGCUGCCGCAUGUGCAGGGCAGCUGGGCGUGGCACGUGGCGGAGCUGUAUGCCUCUGUGCAUCGCCACAUCGUGCAUGCCUACCCGCACUGGAACAGAAGCAGGGGCCGCGACCACCUCUGGCCCAUGGGUACGGACGAGGGGGCAUGCCUGGCUCCUCAAGCCAUCUGGCACGGCAGCAUGCUGACGAGCUGGGGCAAUAGCAUGGCGGCGCACUCGCACUCGCUCAAGGCGGCCGCGCAGCAGCGGUGGGACGACAUCCCCCUGGGGCUGCGGGGCGGCCACCUGUGCUACUCCGCUGCCAAGGACAUCGUGCUGCCAGCCUGGCUGCCGCCCAACGUGAAGCACCUGCAUGAACAGUACUGGCUCAGGUCAUUCGAGGAGAGGCAGAACCUCUUCUACUUCGCUGGAGACCUGGGGGGCGAGUACAAGGGGGGCUCGCCAGACAGCAGGUUCAGCUUUGGCAUUCGCCAGGCCGUGGCUCGGGAGUUUGCCUCGGUUCCAAAUACCAGUGGGCAGCUGGGGUCGCAGCAGGAGGCUGGUGUGAUUGUAACGAAUGUGAGGGGGAAGGGCCACAGCACGCAGCUGGGCAACGCUCGGUUCUGCGGGGUCUUCCCGAGCGAUGGCUUUAAUGCAGACAUGGAGGAAGCCAUGGAGCAUGGAUGCAUCCCACUCAUCAUUCAGGACGGCAUUCACCUGCCAUUUGAGAAUGCCUUGGACUAUGCUUCCUUCUCUGUGCGCAUUGAGGAGAGGGACAUCGCUGACAUGCUCACAAAGCUCAAGGCUAUCACAGCAGAACGUGGGAGUGCGCUGCAGGCUACAGUGCAGAAGGUGUGGCAGCGGCUGUCGUACCACUCGGUGAUCGCACAGGAAGCCAAGAGGCAGCAGGACGAGUAUGGACACAACGAGGCAUGGGCGUUUGGCAUCAGCCUGCUGAAACACGAUGACGCCAUUGAUACACUCAUUGAGGUUUUGCACUAUAAGCUUCACAAUGACAGAUGGCGGAGGGUCUUCAAUUACAAGCAGUCUCGUGAGGAGUUACAAAAGUAUUUCGGUGUACCCAAAUCAUGUCUUGUCGUGUGAUAUAGAUUGAAGGUACAAUAUCUGAGAUACUUAUGGUUUGCUAUGUCUUGUUUGUCAGCAAGUUGUGAAACUAAUUUUGCAUCACACCUCACAUCACAU